AUGCCUGUGUUCUAUCGUUCUGACAAACGGAAGGUCAUGUCUCAAGAUGAAAUCGAUGCUGGAAACAAAAUAAUGCAAAUACUGAUAGAUGCAGAUGUGAAUAAAGAUGGUUGUUAUACAAAGGGUGAGAUCAAGAAAGCUCUAAAAGAUUUAGGGUCAUACAUCCCUGGAUGGAGAGCAAGUAAUUGUCUCAAGAAACUUGAUGCCGACAAAGAUGGUCAAAUUAAUGGUGAAGAAAUUGACAAUCUAGUUGAUUAUCUUCUUGACCAAGGGUUUGGAAAGAAGUCAAAGAAAUAA